AUGAAUCCUACGUUCCUUAUCCUCGUUCAUUUCCAUUCGCACUAUCACACUGUGCACGUCCAGAAGCUACAUCUGCGUCAACCAGAUGAGAACUCGCUACAGAAAAAAAACAAAAACAACCUGCAAGACACUCAGGAAGAGAGACGUUCUCUCGAAUCUCGUCUUCAAGCUGCGAGGACUAUCCUUCGCUCUCAAGACGAAGGUCUCAAACACAGAGAAGAGGAAAAUCGUCAGGUGAAAUCCAAGCUUGUGGAAAGGAAGCCUGACUCCGCGACUUGA